CGAGCACACUGAGCAUGCAGCUUCUCUCCCAAACAAUCCCACCGACCUUGUCAACGACAACACGAACGAAAUAAGCGCUGACGAGGUUAUGAAGCUUCUCCGAUCAGAACUCGAGGGAGGACGUGAAGAGCGACGUGAAAUUAUGAAGCUUCUCCGAUCAGAACUCGAGGGAGCACGUGAAGAGCGAGAGCUACAUGCAGUUAUGGAGCUUCUCCGACCAGAACUCGAGGGAGGACGUAAAGAGCGACUACGCUUCGUGUUCAUUAUUGCGCUCUUGGUUUUACUUUUGAGCUUACUUCCGGGCCGUACUGAAUACCUUCAUUAAGUCUAUCAAGUUCGCGACUUCGUCCUUCGACACAACGCUGCCGGUCCUUUGACGGUGGUAUUAAAGACAAUAUCGAGG